AUCUGACGGGAAGUCGUCACCAGCGCGCGGGGGUACGUCACUUUACUCCAACGCGGAAGCGAUCGUCAUCGUAAAAAAGCUGUGAGUUGGAAGCGCUGUGUGAUUCUUCUAAAAACAUUUCGGCGAUUUAUCGAGUGAAACAGCGAGCGGUGCAAAGAGUUUGAAUGAGCCGAGCGGUUUGUGUUCGGAGCGGCUGUUUUCUGGACGACGCGUGACUGAGACCAUAAAAUAAAAAUGUCGUGGAUAAAAGAAGAUGAAUUAAACCUGCUUGAAAAGAUUUCAGCCAAUAUCCUGAAGGCUGGACCCAUGCCCAAACACGUGGCCUUCAUCAUGGACGGUAACCGUCGCUUUGCGCGUAAGAAACACAUGGAGCGCCAGGAAGGGCACAUGCAGGGCUUCAACAAGCUGGCAGAGACAUUACGCUGGUGUAAGCACCUAAACAUCCAAGAGGUCACAGUGUACGCCUUCAGCAUUGAGAACUUCAAGCGCACCAAAGACGAGGUGGACGGGCUGAUGGAGCUUGCCAAGCAGAAGUUUUUGAAGCUGUUGGAUGAACGAGAGAAUCUGGAGAAGCACGGUGUGUGUGUCCGGGUGUUGGGAGACUUAGAAAUGCUGCCACUUGAUCUCCAAGAACUUAUUGCCAAAGCUGUGAUCACAACCAAGUCCCACAAUAAAUGUUUCCUCAACGUGUGUUUUGCCUAUACGUCAAGAUACGAAAUCACCAACGCGGUGAGAGAAAUGGCUUGGGGAGUUGAGAAAGGCCUCAUCAAAGCAAGUGACGUUUCAGAGGCGUUGCUAAGUGAGUGUUUGUACAGCAAUAAUUCUCCCAAUCCUGAUCUGCUUAUUCGCACCUCCGGAGAGGUACGCCUUAGCGACUUUCUUCUGUGGCAGACUUCCCACUCCUGUCUAGUGUUUCAGUCAGUUCUGUGGCCGGAGUACUCAUUCUGGAACCUGUGUGAAGCCGUUCUCCAAUAUCAGUUAAAUUACAAAUCCAUUCAGAAAGCGAGAGACCUCCAUCAAGAGCAUCAGGCCUUACUGCAACUCGAGGCGGAUCGUGCCUGUGUAGCAGAGCACCUGCAGCAUCAUGGGAACGGAAAGCCUGCCGACGCCCAGAGAAGACAAGAGGCACUGCUGCACUACACCACCUGCCGGGAAGAACGAAUUCAGGACUUCCUCGAAGCGCUGAAGCACAAGAGAGACUCUUAUUUUAGUGACUUAUGUAGCAAAGAUGUCUUGGCCUAAAAAAAAAAGAAAAAGGCUCAGUAGAACAAACCCCAUGUUGAAGUGGGGAUGAAACCUCUCCUGUGCUCUUCCCAAAAGGGCUUCUGUGGAACAGGGAAGAGUGAACGGAUUCAUUGGGUUACUGAUUUGUACAAAACGAGAAGGAUAUUUUACCCCUAUGGGGCUGUAGAAUAAUUGAUAUUUAUGAUUGUAGAUCAAUACAUGGAAAUGUCUGGUCAAGAUAUAGUUAAAUUGUUGUGAAAAUUGUCUGUCAAAUGCAUGCCAUCGGAAGAUCAGGUUAUAAGUGACAGCCAGGGAUGCUGUGUGUUGGAAAUGUUCUUGAAGCAGUCAUCGAGAUUAAUAUAAAUCAGUCCAGUUUUGCAGUUCUGUUGAGUCUUAAAGAAAGUGUUGUUUGUUGAGUAUGAUGUUAAUAACAUAACUAGAUUUUGACCAGCUUUCUUUAACAGAAUAAAGUGAUUACUGUAUGUCAGACAUGAUUAAA